AUGGUACUACAGUAUGAUGAGAGCGUUCGCAACCUGCUGUAUCGGAGAUCAUGCCAAUACACGCAGGGUGAGCGCUCUGGAGGCCACGUCGAGGAGGCCGCCGACCUCGUCGAGAAGGUGAAGAACUUCACCAAGCGUUAUCCGAAUAGUCGGACAGCUUAUGCUUGCAGAGCUGAGGGGGGAUGCACUCCCGACGCUAUCGCUGAAGCCAUCCGCUCGACAUGUCGGCAGGCGAGACGCGACCUGUUUGAAGACUCUCUGAGCGAAUGGAGCUCAGAGUCGAGAGCAUGGUUUAUUCAACAGAUGGAGGAGGCCAAGAAGCAGAAUGUCGAGACAUACAUCGGCACCGAAGGCACCGAGGGGACCUCCUUCAUCUCCAUGACUCUCCUAGGGAUUUCCUCGAUGUAUGUUCGAUGUAUGUUCGAAGGCAGGACAGAAUACGCCAUCGAAGGGAGAGUCUUUCGAGCCACAGAGGUGAGCAUUGCACAUGACCGGUCGUUCAAGCUUCGAGCCAAGCGAGGACCUUGGGGCAAGGGAGGGAGCCUUGCCGAGCUAUCACAGCUCUUAGCUCUUGGAGGAAUGUCGACGGCUGAGAUCGCUCAGAUCUAUCGAUUUCAGCUGCUCUCGCAAUCUCUUGCAGCCGCAGAGGUACAACCACUUGCGGGCAUGCUCGUGCAGGGUCCUGGGCAGAGAGGUCGCAAGGGGCCGAGCCCGAAGACGUAUGUUGCUGUUGGGGCAAGUACCGGAGCUCUCCAGCAGAGAGAGCUAGAGUGGGUGCUCAGCUCGCCUUCGACGGCAAGCUGCGAGCAGACCUUGGCCUCGUUCAGAGAGAGCGAGGCGAUGGAGGGGGUGCAUCUCACUCUCAUCAGCGACGACGUCAAGCUCAGAGAGACGUUUGCAGUCGAGCUCACAGCCGACACCUUCGUGCCGAGGGGAAAGAUUGCCAAGCAAAGGAGGGCACUUCGCGAGAGAGAUCAUGCGGGGCGCAGCAGCUUCAGAGUACAGAUCAAGUCGAGGUCAAGCAUGAGCACAGGCCGCUUCUCGAGGAAGGAGAUGGAAGCGCUGUGCGGAGGAGGUAACACAUCGAUCACGAGAGUCAAGCGAGCCAUGUUGGAGUUAGCAAGAAGAAUGAACCUCAAGCUUGUCAGCGUCGAGGUCGAGGAGGAUCGUGACACGCUCAGCUGGGAUGGGAGCCUGAUAGCUCUCUCCCUGGCGACCAAGGCAGAGGCUCGACGCUUGAUGGAAGACAUGCCCUUCUACUUGGAAGGGAUCCUGGAAGUCAAGCUGGAGGCGGUGGGGUUCAAACCCACUGUCAGCUCUCAGGAGGAAGAGGAGUGCGAGGAGCAAGCCCAAGAGCCCCAAGCCGCCGGGCAGCAGCAAGGCGCUGGAUGGCUGGAGCUCAGCGACAUCGACAGGAUCACCAUGGAAGCAGCGUCACCGUCAGGGCCAGUCGACCAACAGGCCAAGGCCGGCGGAGGAAACUCCACUGGCUGA